AUGUUUAAUAUAAUACUAUUUCAAAUAAUCACAACAAUCUUUGCAUUUCCAGAUGUAACACUAUCAUUUGGCAUUCUUAUCCCUAAAUAAAAAGACCUUGAAGAAAACCUACCUGCUACUAUUUAUUAAAAUAACUAAAUGAAUAGAUAUUUUGAUUAUGAUCAAUUCCCAUUAUUAUCAUGUUGUCCUACUAAUCUCACUAAAUAUAAGGUUGAUUCAUUAAAUCUUCAUGGACAUAGCAGAUAGAAAUUUAUAUUGCCUUUGACAAUUACUAACAAUGAAAAUGAAACUAUUAUUUUGAGAUAAUUAACAAUAACUGAUUAUUUGUCUUAUUAAGAUAUUCCUGUUGCACCUAAAUUAUCCACUUUACCUAUUUUAUAACCUCAUUAAAGCAUAGUUGUUGAGUUUAUUCAUAGUUGUGAAAGAUAAGUAGAUAAUACCAAUUACUGGAGUAUUUAAAAUGUCUUUAUUCGAUUUCAAGACUUUUAAGGUUUAAAUUUCUAAUAUUAAUUUAUUUGUGAUGGCAGUUUCCAUCCUAAAAGGUAUUAUAAUAUAUAUAACUUAUAGAUUUGAUUGGAGCAAUAUCAUAUUAAUUACAUUUGAUUCUAUUGUUAUCAUAAUUUUAGCAACUUUUGGAAAAAUUUAUUCAUUUCGAAUUGCUUUUGUGACACCUGCUAAAAGAAGAUAAUUUUAAGAAUAAAAUAUUUAAAAUGUAGAUCUAAGUCCUUUUUAAGGAUUUUAUUUAUAUUGGCCUUAAGCUUUGAUAUAUAUGGGAUUAUUAUUAAUUGCUUUAUUUACUUCAAUGAGUUAUAAAGAGUAAGCAGAGAAAAUUAUUAAAUUAUUGGUCUAUUUAAUUUGUGUUCUUACUUCAUUUCAUUUUUUCAAUGAAAUCUUUGGUAAAUUUAGAAACACUCUCCCAUUUUUAUCUGAAAAGGUUUUAUGCUUAAAAAUUAGGGAUUAUUUAUCAAUUAUCCUAUCAACUUUGCUGAUCUUCUUUUACCUCUAUUAUGAAUAACCAUGGUUUGUAUGUAUUAUAUAUUAAUUACCCUUAGGUUAGUAAUCUUUUAUCUAUUUGUAUUUUAGGAUCUUUUAUUAAAUUAUUUAAGAUAAUAUCCUUAAAAGAUGCUCUCUAAUUUUUUAUACCUCUCAUGAUAGUUGAUAUUUUCUGUUCCAUUUAUUUGAGUUAAACUGUAAGAUAUGAAUGGGAUAGUGUUGCAUUGAGAUAUUUCAACACUCCAUUUUCCGCCUAAUUUCCUUAUUUUAGAUAUAUAUACAAAAAGAAAUGUGCAUGGGUAUCUAUUUUUAACUUGCUAUUUCCUGGUAAUUAUUCACUUAUAAUUAAUUAGGUUUCUUUUUAGGUUAUGUGAAUAGAUUUGACAAACAUAAGUAAACAUAUGUCUAUGAAAUUAUUGCUUUCUUUGGUUUACUUGUUGGACUCAUUUUAUGGGUAUUAAUUCAAUACAUUUUUUCAUUCCCACUUCCAACGUAUCAAAUAAAUAUUAUCUUUAGCUCUAUCUUUACAGAAAUUAUAAUGAUUCUCACAACAACUUUGGUUGCAAUAUAAAGAAAUGAAUUCAACAUCUUUUAUUCUGGAAACUUUUAUGAUUAAAUACUUAUGGAUCCAUUUAAAAAUGAUAUUGCUCUUCAAGAACCAACAAACUUAGAGAUGUUUGGAUUAGGAUCUAAUACAUAAGUAAUUAAAAAGGACACUACUUAAUAAUCAGAUCUACUCUAUAGAGGAGAUUAAGGUGUAGUUUUAAAUAGUCAACUCUUUGCUGGACUUGCUUCCAUUAAUCGAUCAUAGUAGUAAUCUAGCGUUCUAUAAUCGAAAUAAUAAAAUCAUUAUUGA